AUGCUGGCCAAUGGACUAGCACGAGGAAAUUGGCCUGGAGCUACCAAGGCGAUGGCCCGUACGCCGAGAACUCAAGAGGCUAAGGCUGUAUCUAGCAGUUAUGAUUGCGUGAGAUUCGUGCCGAGCCCGACCCAGAGCGGAUCGAGGUCGUAUUGUCUGGAUGAGAGAGGGUGGUGGUAUCCAGAAGAUGCUGGAGCUGGAAAGGAGUGUGACACUGGAGCCGAGCUCAGGUUGGCCAUCCCGGACUCGGGACCUGGUGGCAACACAGACCCAGAGGCUGCUAGCCACGAACGCAGAUGCGAGAGGAUUCUCACAACCUCGCCAGCGAUCAAUCAGAAAUCCUCCUCCGAGCCGGGACCAGUACCCGACAGCUCGGACUCAAGGAGACAGACAGAAAGGACUCACUCGAGAGCAGCCAACGAGGUAGUGAGAGGGAGGAUUGAGAGGAGAGUUCAACAACAAAACGCACAGUAUAUCCCCACAGUAUCGGAUCACUACUCCCUCACUACUCAACAAACUUUUCGGUUGCCAUCUCGAUCUGCGGGGUCACAAAUUUCUAACAACUCCCCGUCACCACAGGUUGACCGAAUUACAUCCGAUGUAUUUUCAGUUGUUGUAAUUAAAAUCGAAAAAAAAUAUUUCAGACCUGCAGCACCUGGCACGCGGCGGCCCUCCCUCGGCAGCUCUCAGGCCCCGGAUAUGCACCGAGUCCAGUGUCAAAUUGUGCAUUACAGAAGGCCCCCAAGGCCCAGGAUCAAACACAGUAGCACAGAGUCCAGCCCCGUGGCCUUAUCCGCCACGAGAAAGACGCUUUCUACAUUCGGUCGUGGCAGAUUUUCGCCGUCGUCAAGGAAAUUGUUCGAGGGCGAGGCCGCGAUCCCAUGUGACCGCACCGGACGAUUACGAAGGCAUCACGAUCCCGUCACGAGCCAGCAGCAGCAGCAGCAGCAGCAGCACAGGCAACAGCGACAUGAAGGAAAGACCAGACAGACCAUGCACGUCGGCAUGGGACACGGCCAGGAGAAUAUCCGGAUAUGUCCGAAGCAUAUGCCGAUGCGACCGAGGAUCCGCAAAGCAUAUGCCGACUCCGGCCCGCCGGUGGGCCAGCGAGAUCCGGCUCUUUCAACUGCGGCAGCUCGAAAAGCCGACGGUCGAAAGCGUCGCGCACCCACCUUCUGUCAUGACAGGCGGCAGCCCGGAUUCGGGUCCGCUGGUCCUCCCAGUUGCGUGAUGGAACAAACAACAAACCCGCUGGAUAACAGUGACCCUCAAGUUGCGUCCUUGAGUGUGUUCGAUUCACGAAUCCGUGCGACAGAUUCCGGGAAUCGUCCGGUAUAUGCCGCCGAGAUCCGCGCCGUCCCCGGUCCUCGUCGCUGUCGGUUCUUAGGAGCCAUGAUUAGAAAACAGAAGAGCUGCCCUCAUCGCGCGUCGCGGAUCAGUCAAAGCCGCAUAACGGUAGUACGGCGCCCCGGGAUCACCCCGCCCCCCCUGGCAGGCAGCCCUCGGGGCCUGGUCUCCUCCUGUGCCCAGGACGCUUUUCGCCUCUCGGCUGCAGUGAAUUCAUUUCCAGUCAGCUGA